AUGGAGGAACUCAACCAGGAACCAAAAUCAGUGACAAGAUGCCACAUUGUGGCUCUUCCAUUUCGUGGAAGAGGACUUAUCAACCCAAUGAUGAAUUUUUGCACGCAUUUAGCUCAUAAGUUAGGAGAUAGCAUCAAAAUCACCUUUGUAGUUACAGAAGAGUGGCUUGGCAUACUUGAAUCAACUCCAAUGCCGCCUCAAAUUCUUCUUCGAUCAUUUCGGAAUGUGAUUCCUUCAGAAUUUUCAAAGUCACUAACCUUAGACUUUGAGAGCUUUCUGGAAAUCGUAGUUGCAAAAUUGGAAGCUCCAUUCGAGGCCGUUCUAAACACAUCUGAACCAGCGAGUUGUAUCAUAACAGAUUUCUACUUAACAUGGGCAUAUCCAAUAGGCAAUAAAAGAAAUAUUCCAGUGGUUACAUUCUGGACAACAUCAUCAUUUGUGUUCUUCGUGUUGUGUCAUGCUGACCUUCUAACCAAGAAUGGGCAUAGCCUUGCUAACAUAUCAGGUACAUGA